AUGAAUAAUGAUUCUGGAGCGUUUUUUAUGUUAUAUACCCAAAUAUUCCUAGGUCCAUCCGAACAAGAUCGAGCGACGAUUGUGGCAUUAAGCCAAAGUGCACUUGCUUAUGUUAUGCACAUUCCUUCGCUUUCAUUGAACAUGGGCAUCAGAGUAACUACGGAAAAGCUCUCCAAUGAAUCCAAAACAGAAGUGAAAUACAAAUCGGGCAAAAAGUUCCUGGAAAUCAAGCUAAUGAAUAUCGUUGAAUCAACUAGUCGCUUGAACGGGAUCAACGAUCAAUUUCAUGCGAUCAAUAAAAGCGUUAUUCAGUUCAAAAGCAAUGCCAGUGAACGUUUGACAUUACAUUGA